CAUACUUUGCUAGUUCUUGAAGUUCACUCGAUGACAGAGUGACAGACCUAAUUAUAACUUAGGGGAUACAAAUAUAACAAGUUCAAUUUCAUUUUAAUGAAAUUUAAAAUAUAAGAUUAACUAAAUUCUUAGUUAUUAACUAGUACUAGUUAAUCAUUAGAGGUCAGUACUAUUCUUAAAUGAUUUAAAAUAUUUUAUAUUCGAACGCACUAACCUCUAAACUCAAAGAUACGACAAUGUUGUGUUUGAACUUUAGAAUUUUGUUGAUAAACUUAUGUAGAUAAAACAAAUCAGUCUGAUCAGUCUCAAAGAAGACAGUAGCCAUAUUUUAUGUCUUUGGACUUGAUAAGAUUAAAAUAAAUCUAUGUAAAUUAUAACUUAGUAAUAAAUUUAAUAAAGCUAUGACGGAAAUCGAUCCAGAGCAUCCUAGGAAAUUAAUUCCUGAAUUAUGCAAUCAAUUUUACCAUUUAGGAUGGGUGACUGGCACGGGUGGUGGUAUAUCAAUAAAACAAGGAGACAAAAUUUACAUUGCACCUUCAGGAGUUCAGAAGGAACGCAUGAAAGCCAAUGAUCUGUUUGUCCAAACAAUUGAUGAUGAAGAUUUAGAAUUACCACCACCGGAAAAAAAGUUGAAGAAAAGUCAAUGCACCCCGUUAUUUAUGUUAGCAUAUAGAAUGCGCAAUGCAGGUGCUGUAAUACAUACACAUUCUCCUCACGCAGUCCGAUGCACACUGUUGUAUGACAAGGUGUUUGAGAUCACGCAUCAGGAAAUGAUUAAGGGCAUCAAAGACACAUCCCUAGGCCGAUAUCUCCGUUAUGAUGAGAAAUUAGUAGUCCCAAUAAUAGAAAACACGCCUUUUGAAAAAGAUCUAGCCGGUAGUCUGGAAGAAGCUUUAAAGGAAUACCCUGGGACUAGUGCAGUGCUCGUCAGAAGACACGGAGUGUACGUAUGGGGUGAUACGUGGCAACAAGCUAAAACAAUGACGGAAUGCUAUGACUACCUAUUCGAGAUGGCAGUGGAAAUGAAAAAACUAGGACUCGAUCCAACUUUUAAUCCGGAAACUGCACAAAAUGGCCAAAAAACAUCCUAGUUGCUACAGAAAUUAUUAAAUUCACUUGUGAAUCAUGUGAUAUUCUUAAAUAUUACAGUUAAUUAUUUUAAUUUAAAAUCAAGAAAUUUGUUAGGAUAAAGAACUCAAAAUGAACAAAACAUAUGGUCAUGUUACAAUAAAAUGAUUAAAGUGAAACAUUUCGACAAUCUGCUCUUUUGUCAAUAAAAAUUUAAUUAUUCAACAUUUGUGAUAUAAUAUAAUCAAUAAUAUAUUAAUAUAACCUGUUGUUCGAUUAUCAACUUUAUUGCAAGUUCCAAUAAAAUAUAUUUUCAUCA